CAUAGACAACAACGAUGAAAACGUCGCUGCUCUUCAGGGGUGUAAGAGGGUAACACAAACGAAAACUGUGUUGUUAUUUUCAAAACAUGGCCAUCGUUAAUUCUUGUUGCUGUGGUCAGUCGUUGAGGGUCGGAUGUUUCGCUGCAGGAAUUUAUAGCUUGGGAUUAUACACUCUUGCAAUUACUCUUGCUACUUUCCACGUAAUAACAGUCUUGGGUGACCCAGUAUUGUUCGGAUUGAAUAUAAUGCUACUCGUUUGUUCCGGACUUUGUGUUCCAUCAUCUGUAUUACUGCUAAUUGGAUUAUGUGUGGAUAGCAGGCUACUUCUGUUACCAUGGAUACUGUGCACAACAGUAACGACACUGAUCCACGCCGUCAUUUCUUUAUAUCUCUUUUGUGACGCUAAAUUCCACUCAUUAUUGCCGGUAUUUUUGCUGAUGGAUUUUCUAAUUUUUGCUUUAAAUGUAUAUUGCAUUCUGUGUGUGGUAUCCCAGUAUCAAGAAUAUUUGGCUGGUAGAGGCCAUCCUGGACAGACAACAAUUAGUCGGACAGUACCUAGCAUACGUCUCCAUACGUUAUCACAGGGACAAGAGAUUUCCAAAUUUAUCAUAACCCCAGACAAAGUACAGGUGACAGGGACUUCCUCCAACCGCCUAUGUCCAAAUGUUUCUUGGAGGGAGGGCUCUCCUUCCAGGUCUAACCUUUGUAGUGAACUCAGUUACAUAUCAGAAGAGAAUACCGCCCAAGAUGUUAUCCCUCAUUCGGCGAAGAAUGAACCUGAAGAUCAGAAGGUUGAAGAAUCUCGAAACGAUCACCCGAACACAGUGCUACAAGAUGCUGUUUUCACUUGUUCUGAUCAUCCCAAAAAAAAUCUGAAAAUUACUUUAUUAGGAGUUUAUGAUAAUCGUCGUAUGAGAUUUGAGGAUCACAACAUACAAGAACGUCCACUUUAUACUGAUCAACACAAACAGAUAAAUUCAAAUAACGAAGAUGUUUAUGCCCAGUAGGAUUAGCUACCAUGGCAACUGUACAACAAAAAAUUCGUGUCACAUCAAGGAAAAGGUUCUAGCUUAUCGAAUCUUUCUAUUUCAACAUCAGAAGGGUCUGUCUAGCAAGGAAACGCUAAAGAAAACAACUAUGAAAUACGUUUCAACCGGAUGGAAAUAAGUAAGAUGCUUAAUGGAAAAAUUAUGUUACGGUUCCAGACUCUCCACAAACCUCGAAACAGGAAAGACACUACCCAAAAAUGGUGCUUUACUAUUUGUGUUUGUAAAUAACAUUUUCUAGUUUGAUAACCAGCGCAUAACAUCUGUAACUAUAACCAGUGAAUGUUUGCAGAUAAACCUUGAAAACUUGCUCGACUAUUUUUUUCUUUGUACUAUAUAUAGAAAAUUGAAUGAACAAAUGUUGUUUCUAUUUCCUGAAGAGAGUCAAAGUUUGAUUCAUCUACAAUGAUCUUCAAAUGCUUCAUAAAAGAGAAAUUAUACAUUAAAAGAGUAUUGUACUUCAUGAA